GUUUGUGGGACGCCAACAUGAUGUUUCAACUCUUUUCAAACGGGUACUUUUACGUUUUUACCCUUUGAAACAUCCCCUUUAGCCCUUUUGAAUGAACGCAAAAUUCUUUGCACUGACUCAUAAAUGAUCCAAGGAUCGUAAGACCCUUGAUUUUACGAUUUUGCCCUUCGAAACAUCCCCCCUUUCCCCCACAAUAACGGAAACAAAAUUCUGUCGUCUUCACAGAGAAUCUCCAUUGUAACUUUUAAGGGUUGAGUAGCGUAAAGUCACUGAGUUUUGUUCAUGGAAAUACCUGCUGGACGAUCGAAUUACACUUUAUUGACUCAAAUUCCCGACGACAACCUCCAACAUACUCUUCCGGCGAAGUUUUCCGGCGGAACUGGUAGAGUUGGAUACGAGUUACCGAAGAAGAGCGAAAGAGGAGGAUUUGAUUGGGACUUGAUAAACUUGACUACCGAUCAGAGGAUGCAGCAGAAUUGGCAGUUGCCAUUUCCCGCGCCAAUUGGUGGCUUACAGAGACAAUCGAGUGGGAGUAGCUAUGCUGAAAGCUCUUUAUCUGGUGAUUGCUUCGGUCCGUCCUUGUCAGCUGCGACGAGCAGUGGUGGUGGCGAUCAUGAUGCUUACAUUCAUUUGCCUGAUGCCGGUGAUUGCGAGGCGUUGAGGUGGGAGAUGACGGAGGCGGGCGGUGGUGUUGUUGUUGGUGGAAUGUAUUCUUCGUUGAAAAGUUGGGCACAACAAACGGAGGAGGGUUAUCAAUUGCAGUUGGCUUUGGCGCUGCGGCUUUCAUCAGAAGCUACUUGCGCGGAUGAUCCUAAUUUACUAGACCAUGUGUCUGUUGAAGCUGCAUCUGUGUCUUCUGCAGAAGCUCUAUCACAUCGAUUCUGGGCAAAUGGUUGCUUAUCUUACUUUGACAAGGUCCCAGAUGGAUUUUACUUUAUUCAUGGAAUGGAUCCAUACGUAUGGUCAGUAUGCAGUAAUCCUCAAGAGAGUGGACGAAUUCCAUCACUGGAGUCUCUAAAAGUUGUUAAUUCUGCGACUGAAUCUGCAUUUGAAGCAAUCGUCAUUGACAGAAUUGGUGAUCCUAGCCUCAUGCAACUACAGAACCAAACUCAUAGCAUUUAUUCUAAUAGCUUAACCACAACCGAAGUUGUUGAGCAACUUGCAAAGCUUGUUUGCAAUCAAAUGGGAGGUGUAGCUUCAACAGGAGAAAAUGAGUUGGUUCCAUUGUGGAAGAAGUUCAGUGAUGACCUCAAGAAACAUCUAGGAUCUAUUCUACUUCCCAUUGGUAGACUCUCUAUUGGCCUUUGCAGACAUCGAGCUAUACUAUUUAAAGUCUUAGCUGAGACCAUUGGUUUACCAUGUCGAAUAGCUAAAGGUUGCAAAUAUUGCAGAAGAGAUGAUGCUUCAUCUUGCCUUGUUCGUAUGGGCAUUGACAAGGAGGUGCUUGUUGAUCUAAUUGGAAACCCUGGUUGCCUCUAUGAACCUGACUCUCUAAUAAAUGGUCCAUCUUCCAUCUCAAUCUUUUCACCACUUCGGUUUCCACGUUCUACACAUAUUGACUCCACAGUUGACUUUGAGUCAAUUGCCAAACACUACUUUCAAGACUCUGAAUCAUUAAAUCUGGUAUUUGAAGAUCCACCUACUGGUGAUGGAGGUGUAGGGGAUGCAGUUCAUCCUCAACAAUCUGAUAGACAUGAUGUUGAUAUCAAUAUGUCUGAUGUUUUUGACAUUCCAUGGACUGAUAUGGUUUUAAAAGAGAAAAUCGGGGCAGGUUCUUUUGGUACUGUUCAUCGUGCUGAAUGGAAUGGUGAAGAUGUUGCUGUGAAGUCUGUGUUCUUAGAACAAGAUUUUCAUCCGGGAAAAUUCAACGAAUUCUGGCGGGAGGUUGCAAUAAUGAGACGCCUGCAGCAUCCAAAUAUUGUUCUUUUUAUGGGUGUUGUCACUGAGCCUCCAAAUAUGUCGAUUGUCACUGAAUAUUUAUCAAGAGGUAGUUUAUUUAGGCUUUUACACAAACCUGGUCCAAAAAAGAUCUUGGAUGAGCGACAUCGCCUCAAGAUGGCUUUUGAUGUGGCAAAAGGAAUGAAUUAUCUUCAUAAACGCAAUCCUCCCAUUGUUCAUCGAGAUUUAAAAUCCCCCAAUCUUUUAGUUGACAAAAAUUAUACAGUGAAGGUAUCUGAUUUUGGCUUAUCUCGAUUGAAAGCAAAUACAUUUCUUUCAUCCAAGUCUGCAGCUGGAACACCACAAUGGAUGGCACCAGAGGUGUUAAACGAUGAACCAUCAAAUGAAAAAUCAGAUGUGUAUAGUUUUGGUGUUAUUUUGUGGGAGCUUAUUACUUUACAAGAACCUUGGAGUAAUCUAAAUGCUGCUCAGGUUGUGGCAGCAGUAGGGUAUAGACACAAAAGGCUUGAGAUCCCUCAUAAUGUAAAUCGUCAAAUAGCAGCCUUGAUAGAAGCUUGUUGGGCAAAGGAGCCGUGGAAGCGGCCAUCUUUUACAAGUAUAAUGGAAUCUUUGAGACCAUUGAUAAAACCUCUUACUCCUCAAGCAAGUGUUAUGCAGUAUAGUAAUAACAGUGAUGUCGAAAUUUUUGUUAAUAUUGUAACUAGUAUGUCUCAUAAUAAAGUACAAUUGUUUGUUGGUAAUCAUGUUGUGGAAAGUGAUGUUAGUCGAUUUGUUGGGGAAAACCAUUUGGUGGCAAUGGCUUGUCUGGUGCCGAAAGUAAACAAAUAUGUUGAGAAGAAAAAGGAAACUUGA